GUGGCGCCUAUGCUUUCGUCUCAGUUUGAGGCUGGUGGUGCACUGAGAGACUCAAUCAUGCCUAAGCUGGAGACUGUUCCCUAUUGGAGACUCUCUGUGACUGUCCUGCGAGCUGAACUUCAUCACUCACAUGACUACUGGUCGGCAUCGGAUUGCUACGUGAUUCUGAAGCUGCCAACAUCUUCUGCCCGCCCCCACCGCACCAAGACAGUGGCCAACGGCAACAACCCCGAGUGGAACGAGACUUUCCACUUCCGCAUCCAUAGCCACGUCAAGAAUGUUCUAGAAAUGCAAGUGUAUGACGAAGAUCCACUCACGCCAGAUGAUCUCUGCUCUGUCAUCUUGUUUGAUAUCAGUAACCUCACCUUGGGCCAAAAGCAGACGAAAAUGUUUAAGAUCCAUGAGGAGACAAAAGAUGAACUGUGGGUUGAAUUUGAGAUGGUGGAAAGUGAUGAGGAUCCUGGGCAAUACAUGUCAAACGGAGUCCUGGUGGCAGCACCACUCUCCAUCCUGGACGUCACUGCUAAAUCUCUAGGAACUGCGAUCCAGAACCUAAUACUGAAGUUGAAGGGAGCUUAUAUGGAGGAGCAUGUUUUUUCCCCUGGCCUAGUGGACUCUUUACGCUACUACAUCAACAGAGACCUGGAGACAGAACUCUCUGUGCAGGGUGAUGAUGUUACAGUUCAUCCAAUCAGUCUCUCACAGGAUUCUUUGAGGCCAGUCUGUUCUAAGCAGGAGCUUAAAUUGCCUGUUGGAAAGGAUUCUGUUGACCUGGAACUGAACAGUGGAGAAAGCUCUGAGCAGGAGCUGGCGGUGCGUCUGGACUUUGACAUCCCAUCAGCGGAGAAGCACUUCCUGGAGAAGAGGAAGGUGGUGGUGGGUCGGGCUCUACAGAAGCUGCUGGAGCUCAGCUCUCCUCCAGACACAGAAAAGGUCCCCCUGGUGGGUGUGGUCUGCUCAGGGGGAGGGACCAGGGCGAUGGCUGCCACCCUUGGGAGUCUGAAGGGUCUCCAGACUCUGGGGAUCUUGGAUGCUGUCAGCUACAUCACCGGGGUCUCUGGGUCCACAUGGGCCAUGUCUAUCCUGUACCAGAAUGCUGAUUGGUCACAGGGCGACCUUAGCAUGAUCAUUGAGCCAGUAAAAACUGAGAUGAUUAAGAGGUACAAGAAUGUCCUGUCCACUGAGCAGCUGUCGUACUACUUCAAGGAAAUGAAACUUAAAGAGAAGGAGGGGCAUACAGCGACCUACAUUGACAUGUGGGGUCUGGCUAUUGAGCACCUCAUCUAUGGGAAGAAAUGGGAGACUACCCUCUCUGACCAGAAGAGGGCGGUAUCAGAGGGACAGAAUCCUCUGCCCAUCUACACAGCCGUGAACACAAAGACUAAAGGCAGUGUCACAGAAGCAGAGUGGUGUGAAUUUAACCCAUAUGAGGUCGGCCUUCCCAAGUAUGGUGCAUUUGUAUCCACUGAGGACUUUGGCAGUGAGUACUUCCUAGGUCAUCGGGUCAAGAGACUACCAGAGAUUCGACUGCCUUUCCUGAUAGGAAUCUGGAGCAGUGUUUUCUCCAUUAGCCUGACUGAUGUGUGGCACCAUGCCACUGGCUAUGUUCCGUCCUGGCUAGGUGGGGAUGUCACCAACACAGAGACAGAAAGCAGUUCGUCCACACUUGACACCUUCCUGAUCAAACCAGCCUCCUACAUAACACAGAGCAUCACUGGCUUCUUCACCAGCCGACCAGUCGUCAGCCAGAUUUACAACUUUAUGCGAGGCCUCUAUCUCCACUGGGACUACAACAGCAAGUCUGGUUUCACCACUGGGCAAAACACACAUCCUGACAAGUACCCAAACCAGUUGACCCCAACUGACCACACCCUGAAUCUGGUGGAUUCUGCGUUUUCCUGUAACACGGGGAUCCCCCCUGUGCUCCGAGCCCACAGACGCAUGGACCUUAUCCUGUCCCUCAACUACUCCUGGGAUGUGGAUCAAUUUGAGGUGCUGAAGAACACCCAGCAGCACUGCACCUGCCACAAGAUCCCGUUCCCUCAAGUCGAUUUCAGCCGUGUGGAGAAAGAGCCCAUGAAGGAGGUGUACGUGUUUGAGGACGAGAAUAAUCCCAAAGCUCCCAUUGUGGUUCACUUCCCCAUGGUCAACCUCACCUUCAGAGAGUUCAAAGCCCCAGGUGUCCAGCGAGAAGGUGCAGACGAACUGAAACAAGGAGACGUGGACGUCAGCACUAAAGGUUCACCGUACCAAACUACGAAACUGGCCUACCAGCCUGAGGACUUCCAGAAGCUGAUGGAUCUCACUUCCUACAACGUCCUGAACAACCGCGACAUCCUCCUGUCAGCUCUACGCAGGGCGCUACAGAGAGAAAGAGUCUGUGAAGACGAGGAUGAACACAAAGACCACUCGUGCCCCUGAACAGCUCCUUUUGUGUCUGUUAUUCAUAUAGGAAUGACAAGGGUGGGGGCGCUUUAGAACAACUGGCUAACUACAUUUUUCUGUAGCUUGGUGGUAGCGUAGCUAUUUUCUGAGGCAGAUAGCUUUUCAAUAGCUUAGCUGUUUUGACCAUGUAGUGCAGUAGCUUUUAUAGAGCUACAUUUUCCAGAGCAUUGGUUGAGCUCAUAGUAGAGCUUCCUUCUGGCCGCCCAUAAAUUAAUAAUUUAGGCUGAACAGAACAGAACUGGCAAUGAGAUCAACAGUCAUGGUGUGCUGUGUAGAGUCCUUUGUACUGUACAUACUACAACCAUUUACAAUAUGAAAGAACUGAUUCAAGGUGGUCAGAGUUAGAAUGCAUUAUGCAGCGUGCAUGGUGAUUUUCAGGGUAACAUAACGCUAGGUGGUAUCUGGUUGGUAAUACCUGUAGUCUGGCCUUAACAGUGAAACAGAGAAUGUCCUCGCCUAUUGUGGCAUUUCUGUACAUAGAGUGAAAGGCAGAAUGGUCAGCAAAGCCAACUUUCCCUUUCCCCCCCACACACCUACUGUACAUGCACACAGACACACAUGCAGGCACACACACAGAACCACACAUAUGCACAAAAACAAACACACUCAAUGCACGCACUCAUUUUCAUACACAAAGGUAGGGGACGGAGUAGGAGAUAAAGACAAAUUGUCAAGUGUCAUUUAUUUUUGUGGAGAGAAUACUGGGCGGCAGUCAUGUUUUGUACCGCUAUGCGGUACAUUUAGUUUUCAUAUAAUGAUUGUUUUGGUUUCAAUAUUAUUCUUAUAUCAAUGUAUGUAGGCCUACCUAGACACAACGAUUUACUUUUUUAAAGAGGAACAAUGCAGGAUUGGCGAUUUCAUCUCUGGUUUCGGGUUCGUUUUUCGUUUUCGCUCGUUUUAUGCUUGCAUAUUUCUCUGCAGAGCUUCCCCGACAGCUUUAGCGUGUAUAUUUAUACAUAUAUAGGCUAUAUAUAAAUAUAUAAAUUGCAAGCGUGGUUCUUCUUGUUCCUUACGCGUCUCUGACUUCCAGAUGUAAACAGCAGACGAUCGUUCAUCAUAAAGUUGCAAGGUUGUAAUAGCGGAUAGGGACAUUAGGGGCGGGAGGAAAUGUGACUGUUUUCGAUAAAACUGGUCAGUCAAGCAACACAACGAUUUCUAAGCGAUUUUACGACUAUGAAAAAGUUGCAUAGGGUCUCUUUAAGACUGAAGAUUUGCAUAUACCUUGUAUUCUUCUAAUCAACAUUUAGGCUAUGGUGUAAGAGAGGUUAGCUAAGGUGUACAUCGCCAUUAUAAUGUCAACCUAGCAACCACCAUAGCAACUAACAUGAUUACCCUAACAACCAGCAUAGCAACCAUAUUAAUUACCCUAGCCACCACCUACUGUAGCAACCAUCUUAAGUACCUUAGCAACAACCUAGCAACCACCAUAGCAACUUACAUGAUUACCCUAGCAACCAGCAUAGCAACCAUCAUAUGUAUCCUCGCAACAACAUUAUAACUAUCUCUACUCUGUAUGAUAUUUUACAUCAUACAUUUGCAAAUGCAUUAACAUUCUAGUUAUUUCUGUUCUGGUGGCCAUAUUGUGUAACUGUGCAGACUACACAUUUUUAGCUCGAUUUUGCCACGAUAGUGUCGUGGUCGACAAUUUUCCAGUGUCGUGUCCGAAUAUGAAAAGUCGGGAACGGCGUCUGAAGGAGGAAGCUUCUUGUAAUGUGACAUAUUCAACGACCCAUGAUUUAUCGCCUGCGACAUUUCAUGACGUUACAACCAAAAGUCUAGCAUGUCAGACUUUUGGGGGAAUCUUCUACGACCCCCAUGUUGACACUGACACUGUGAUGACACACGAUGAGAAGGCUACGAUAGAUCUUGUAAUGUGGCCAGUCUUACGGCCAAGACACGGCAAGAUUUUGUGGUUCUCUGACAUGGUUAAUCGUAAAAGAUCACCGUGGAAGACAAUAAAGUUUGUAGUCUGCACAGGCCAUAAGAGGCUACAUGUUUAACAGAUUGUUAAGCCAAGUAAUGUAAUGAAUAUUCUUUAUAUUUUGUGUUGAAACCAUACAGUCAACAAUUGAGAAAUUAAACCCUUUAAACCCUUGAA